GAACCCGGAAGAUUUCGCCGCUGUGCCGCUCGCCAAACACCCACCAAAAACCCACCAAAAACGUAGUUUCUAUAUUAGGACUUGGAAACCCUUUGCUCCCAAGUGAUAUCGGUCAAACGUGCGAACACGCAAACACGAGAAGGAGAGCCUCCUCUCCGGAUCUUGACGCCGCUUAUCGUUCGCCAUGUGCGGUGGCAGACGGCGCCGUCGCGGCGGCUCUGACGCGACGGCAGGAGAGCCCGGCGGGUGGGGUUUCUGCGCGCCAGCGCUCGCCUUCCUGGCCCUGGCGGCCGCUGCGGCGGUCGCGUUCCUGGAGGGCACCGCCGGCGGCGUCGCCUACGCCGGCGACGGGUGGUUCCACGAGUGCGCCAAGUGGGACGCCGAGGGCGGGAGGUUCCUGGUGUCCACCUUCUUCGGCGCCGGCGUGGCCGAGGUGCGCGUCGGGGCGGGGGGAGAAGAAGCCCUGGCGGAGCGGGUCGUGGUGGCGGACCCCGAGGUGACCGGGAGGGUGGCGCUGGGGCUCGCCGUGGACGCGCCCAGGCAGCGGAUCCUCGUGGCCUACGCCGACCGGCCUCCGAGCUUCGGGUACGCCGCCGUGGGCGCGUACGAUCUUCGCUCGGGGCGCCGCCUCUUCCUCGCCCGGCUCGACGGACCAGGCGAGUCCUCGUUCGCCGACGACGUGGCCUCGGACGACGACGGCAACGCGUACGUGACCGACAUCCUGGGCAACAGGAUCUGGAAGGUGAGCCCGGACGGCGAGCCGCUCUCAGUCAUCAAGAACGCCACCUUCAGGCAGCGGCCCGGGACGAUGGACAACCUCAUCGGCCUCAACGGCAUCGUCUACCACCCCAACGGCUACCUCCUCGUCGUCCACACCUCUGGCGGCGACCUCUUCAAGGUGGACCCCAAGACGGGGGCCGUGAGCGUCGUCAGGGUGCGGGGCACGCUCAAGAGCGGCGACGGUCUGGAGCUGAUCUCGCCGACGAAGCUGGCCGUCGCCGGCAUGCCGAGCAGGCUGGUCGAGAGCUCCGACGACUGGGAGACCGCGAGCGUCACGGGACGGUAUGUCGGGCCGGUGCACCGGAUUGGGUCGUCGGCGACGGUGAAGGACGGGGACGUGUACGUCAACCACAUCGUCGGGUUCGGUCUCGGCAAGAAGAAGACGCACGUCCUCGCCAAGGCGGUGUUCGCGCCUCUGUAGCACUCCAUCGCUGUGGUCGAGUUGAUGUGGCAUUUGUCUGUUUUAUUAAAUUCAGUCGUAUUUCUUGGCUACCACACUCUUCCCAGAGCUUUUGCUCUUCCCAUCCCACCAAAGAGAAUAGCCUUCAACCAAGGGAUGAAGUUCAUGUGAGUUGUUGCCAUUUUA